AGAGGCGCAGAGACGGUGUCUAUGGACGUCUCUACUAAUCGUGUUAUGUCAGGUGAACGCCGAUCCCGAUCCGGCUCAAGCAUGCGCCCAGGGUUCACCUACGAUGGAUUGCCGUGGCCUCUCCUUCUACUCCGUACCCACAAAUCUACCAGAGAGGAUAAGGAAACUAGAUCUAUCCUACAACUUCAUUCAGAACCUGACCAUCGCAUCUAUGUCAAGGCUGCACAACCUCGAGGAUCUGGAUCUUCACCACAAUCACCUGGAAAGCAUCGAUCCCGGAGCCCUGAACUCUCUGACCAGGCUUCAUUCUCUGAACCUGGCCUCCAAUAGGCUGCACAAGUGUCCUGCCUCUCGGAGAGGAGUCUUUGACGGCACGCGGAGACUCGAAACGUUGAGCUUAGCAAACAACAACUUGGACGGCGAGGCGGUGCUCUGUUACUUAUCAAACGUUACUUCACUAGUUCAUCUAGACCUAUCACGGAAUGCUAUUGUGUUGCUGUUCUCUGGAAUGUUUGAUGGAAUUCCCAAGCUGUCAGAGUUGGAUCUGUCCAAUAACUUCAUAGAUGAGAUACAAAGUGGUACGUUGGACUCGCUGAAGGAUCUGCGAGUUCUGAACCUCGCUGAAAACGCCAUUCGAUGCAUUUCAAGCUUUGAUCUACACCAGCUGCACUCUCUGAACCUGAGUUCCAAUAUCAUCGAGUUCUUUCUCACGAAAGAAGCUGGAGAACGCCAUCAGCUAAUCAGCCUAGACCUCAGCCGCAACAAUCUUCGGAAUUUUCCAGUUCUGACCCCAUUCCAGAUGGUGCAACACGUCAACCUCUCCGGAAACGGCAUCGCCGACCUGGUCCCUUUAUCUGACGCGACAGAAGACGACGACGAGGGUUGGUCGUGGUACGAAGCCACCACAGACCUGGACUUGCCCUCGGCCAUUGAAAACUCUUUUUCACGGUUAUCGAAUGUAAGACAUUUGGAUCUGAGUAGCAACCUAUUGGCCGCGAUUCCCUGGAGUUAUUUCUCCAAAAUGAGCAGACUUAGUGAUUUAUUGCUUUCCGGGAACUGCCUUCAGAACCUCGAUGGCCACGAAGGACCUCGGAGGUCUCGGAGACCAUAAAAGGCUUGGACGUAACUCUGCCAUCGUUAAAGGUUAUAGAUCUUCAAGCCAAUUCCAUUCGCUUCAUCCCAAAAUGGAUAUUUAAUUUCCUGCCCGAAAUUGAGCAUAUUAAUCUUAAAAGCAACAAGAUUGGAUUUUGCUCAAGCCGCGCCCUUGGAAAGAAGAGAUCUGCAAUAAAUCAGCGGCGGGACUG